UUUCUCAGCGCUCUCUCACAUUAACUGUGUGACGGAGAACACUGAAUGCUUUUCUCCGUCUUUUCUCAGAUUGAUAAUGAUGUUAUUAACUCGAGUGUCUGAGUCAUUAGAGGACCGAUUUCAAACUCGGAGUUUCAUUAAUGUUCACCCGUUCGUUUUCCAAUCAUUUACGAGUAAUUAGUGAUUAAUUCUUAAUGUGGUUUUUCAAAUGUGAUCUUCAGCCGCGCUGCAGUAGAUUUAACAGCCCGCUGUAGUGAGAGAACAUUUUCAUUCCUCUGUGUGUGUUAGUCCUGGAGUGUUUGAUUGACAGUGAUGUUGACGUGUCUUUGUGUUUGAUUUGAGCGGUGAGGGUGACUGCACACUGAAUGUUGUGCUGUGAAUCCAUUGCUUCUCAAUCUGACGUGUCGUUUGCUGUCAAACCGAUUCGCUCUCUGCCGCCUUCCUGUUAGGCCAGCUCUGUGUCUGUGGUUUCUCUGGUGUGUAGAAGCUCUUCUAAUGUUUGAAGUGCUGUUGACAGAAGCUCUAUUGUGUCCAUAUUUCAUUCAGACUCUAUUUAGGAUCAAAUCAAUCUGUCACUAGCAUCACGUGUCAACAUGUACCAAGAACAUCAAUAUACAUAAACACGGUGUGCGUCAGUCACAAUGUGGUUCAUGAUCACUUAUUGGUCUUCUGAGAGCAAAAUCAAACAUUCAGUAAUUGAGAAUGCUGUUGGGUAUAUGCUGUCUAUUGUGAUACCAAGAAAUGUCUGUGUUUCACUUGAAAGAUUUGAAAGAUAGGAGAAAUAUCAGAGGAAACUAUGAGCUCUGCGGAGAUCAACAGCACAAUCUCUGCGUGUGAAUGAGAGGUUUGGAUGCGUUCAACAGAAAGAGAAACAGGUGCUGUUGACUGACGAGAGAGCGCGCGCGCGUAACCCAUCAUCAGAUGUGCUGCAUGUGACGUCACCCGCGCAUCCAGCCCGCCGUAUCCUUGGAGAAAUCGCUCCAUGGUGACCGGUUGCCAUAGAAAUGCUGGUUUUCUUCUAGGUUCCAGCGGAAUAACGGGGUGCGCGCUCGACGCGGCAUGUCCAUGGAGAAGCUUCUGUUUCUGUGCGGCGCGAGCGGCGAUCCGGCCACCGGGGUAAAUGUUGAGGACAACAGCGACAUGUUACCAAAAUCUAGACGAGCUCUUACCAUUCAAGAGAUCGCAGCGCUAGCUAGAUCUUCACUUCACGGUAUCUCCCAGGUGGUCAAGGAUCAUGUGACAAAACCCACAGCGAUGGCGCAGGGGCGUGUGGCACACCUGAUCGAGUGGAAGGGCUGGUGUAAACCCACCGACACGCCCAGCGCUCUGGAGUCGCACCUCACGUCGUACUCGCAUCUGUCUGAGGGCGAGCAGGAGGCGCGAUUUGCUGCAGGUGUGGCGGAGCAGUUUGCCAUCGCGGAGGCCAAACUUCGUGCCUGGUCUUCAGUGGACGGUGACGAAUCUAAUGACGAUUCUUACGAUGAGGAUUUUCUGCCUGCGAAUGAGCCGCUCACACAGAGUACAGAUCUGUCCUCGUACCCUCACUACCUGCGGGAUCUCAUACACACUCAGGUGUGUCAGAAUCGCCUGCGGGGUCGAGGCCUGUGCGAGGUGGAGAGUGGCGUCGGGGCCGACCUUUCACCUCCCGCGGGGUCGCCGGGGUCACCGUCGGACACGCUCUGCUCCAGCAUGUGCAGCCUGGACGAGAGACACCCGCUGCUGCGGGACCUCGGACGUCACCGGGACGCCCCCACCGCCGACCUCGCUGCCAAGAUCCUCGGCGCGCUUCAGGGAGGGGAGGAGCUGCUGCUGGCCCGCCUCCAGAGGGCGGGCCACAGACGAGGCCACUCCCCGUGUUGCUUGGCGACGUAUUCGGAGACUUUCGAAGACGAUGACGUGCCGUGUAAGGAUUGCGGAGGCGGUGUCUGCCUCCCUCCGGAAUAUUCCGCCCGCAGGAAGGUGUCGGACGUGACCUCGUCCGGCGUGGUGUCGCUUGACGAGGAAGACGCGGACGAAGAGGACGAGAGAGAAGAGCAGUGACCAAUCAUCUCUCAGUUUGACUCUGCAUGUUUGUUUUGGACUUUGCAUUUCGGUCUGGUUGCGGGCGCUCUUCGCUCUCUUUGAUCUCGUGUUUCUUGACCAGAUGGUGAAAAAUACAGAACGCAAUCUCAGACACAGCAUGGCCAGAUUUACACAGGAGGAAGAGAAGACUGAUGUGAACUCAUUAUCUCUGCAUGUCUUGCAAGUGCCGAAGUCUGAAUAUGAAGUCUUAAUCGUUUGGAUCUGGACUUCCAGUUGUUUCGCACGGUUUGUGGAUUUGUGUAAUCUUGCUCCCUAUAUGAUGUCACGCCCCAUUGCAUUCUGGGUCUCGAUGACAUGACGCCUGUUGCAUCUUUCGGGCAUGGCUUGCUGAAUACGGGAAUGCUGAAUGUUUCUAUGGUGACAGAGAGAACACAGAACACAGACCCGACUUUUCGUUCAGUUAUUACUAUUAUUAUUAUUAUUAACACGAUUACUGUUUCAACUCUUCACACUACACAAUGGAAUGUUUGAUUUUCUCUCGUUGUGUUUGGUGAAUCUCUCCAGAGCAUUAUUGUCCUAUAAGAUGAACACAAUGAUGUGUAGGAGUUGAUUCAGUGUUGUUGGACGGAUGUUUAAAACGAAGCUCGGUGUCCGUGGGCCUUUCUGAGAGUCGCUCUAUUUUUGUACUGUGUGUUUGUGUGUUUGUUUGUUUGUUUGUUUGUUUGUUUGUAGUGCUUCGUUCACUGGUUUAUUGCUUUAUUUCUCUAUUUCUGUCCAUGAAUUAUCACUGUGUGAUAUUGUCGACAUCAGGAAAAACAACGCUAAUGUGAAAACAAAUGCACCUUUUGCUUUCUUAUUUGUCUCUGGGGAGAGAGGAUGGUUUUAAUAUUGCCACUGUCAUCCGCUGUCAUUUUUCUCCUUGUGUUCUGUAAAUGUCAAGCACUCGCCCUCUCUCUCUCUCUCUCUCUCUCUCUAAGAGCCACUUUCCUUCUCCAGCGUUCUCUUGUUUCCAUGGAGAACCAUGAUUCAUAAAGUAAUUCUAGGUCUAGUCAAUCAAACAAUUUUGACAAUCCCCCCACACAAACACACACGUUAAUGUCCGUUUUUUUCCUGGACAGAAGUGCGGGUGUGUGUGUGGUGCGUGUGUUAGGAUUCGUUCACAUGCAAAUUCAAUUUAUUUUGUCGUUUACACGUUCUCACGUCAUUGUUUCAAAAACAAUCUUCAUCUAUGUCUGUACGAGAAAUUUGUGUGACAAACAAAGUGAAAAAGAAGUCAUCGUUCGCUGUUUCUUUAAUGCUUACUCAGGGUCAUGAAAUCCACCGUGAGCAUUAAAGUACACACGCACACACACACACGCAC